AGUUGCAGGCCGCGGGCUGGCUAUAAAGGGAGAGCCGUGCCCGGGGCACUCACACACACUGCCUGAGAAGCUCUCCCGCCGGCCACGCCCGACGCUGCUGCCAUGAGUCUGAUUGUAUUUGCUGCCUUGGUGGCGCUGGCGGUCGCGGCUCCGCAGGGCGAGAGACCAGCCACCACGCCAGUACCGAUCCUCGAGUACGUCAACCAGUUUGCCGGAGACGGAAACUACCAGUUCAGGUUCAAGACGGGUAACGAGAUCAACCGUGAGGAGGAGGGUGCCCUGAAGGACGUGGUCGUGAAGAAUGACAACGGUCAGGAGGAGGUGAAACGCGUGAACGUGGUGCGAGGAGUCAUCCGCUACCCCAAGGACGACGGCACGUUCUACGAGCUCAGCUACAUCGCCGACGAGCUGGGCUUUCGGCCGGUCAGUUCGGAUAUCCCUUCGGCGCCCCUGCCGUGAGACCCGGCGCCCGUGCCCUGAGACCCGCGCGGCGCCCCUGCCAGGAGUACCGGUGCUGUUCCCGACUCUGAGGUGGCCGGUGACACUGAGCAGGUGUAGGCAGUGACUGGGACUGUCAGUCGUCAGUCCGGGCCAGCCAUGGUGCUACUGGGUAGAAGGAAUGUGUGGGGCUGUCUGUGCUCUGGCGACUUGUGAAAUACGUCAUUAGUUUGUUAUUUUGUUGCGUCUUAUGUUUUAUGGUCAUCGAUUUGUAAGUCAUGCCGGUUUGUUUCCUAAUGCGUCGAAUGAUAAAUACAUGGACUAUCGGAAGAUA